AUGCAACUCGGCAGUCUUCCAGCCCAACCAAAGAAUGGUGUGAUACGCACAUACGAGAAUCAGGCUCGAACAUUCUCGAGGCCCUACUCCGCCAAAAGUGUAUAUUUCUACAAAGAAGGCGAUGUGUUUUUUACGGGUGUUCGAAUUCCGGUGUCAAAACAUCGAUAUAAAACAUUGAAUAGUCUUAUGGAAGAUCUCAACCAUCAAAUGUACAUGCCCUUUGGAGUUCGCAAUAUCACGACACCAAUGGGAAAAACGACGAUUGAAAGUUUGGAUCAACUUCAACAUCUUGGAAAAUACGUCGCUUCGUCAUCGAAACCGCCGCGUGGUCUCGAUUUUGAGAAGGUCGAAAAAGUUCAAACGGCGAUGCGUAAUCAGCGAGCCACCAACGGCGGUCAAUCAUACUGGGUGUCAGCUUCUCCAAGCCUUCCUCAAAAAAUGCGAAUGAGCCGAAUGUUAGGGCUCAACGUGAUAUCGGCCAAGCAGGUGUUUUUCGUGCUCAAUGGAAAGGGGAAAUUCUAUCGGACGCUUAUCAAUCCGAUGAAAUUGCCGUUGAUGGACCAACUUUUGGAAGAAGUCAGCACCGGGCUCGAAGCGGCGAUAUUUCGAUUUUAUACGUCUGACGGGAAUCGAAUUACGACAGUUGAGGACAUUUUGUCGUCGAAUUCACCAAAGAUUAUUGCGUGUCCUCGCAAUGAGCGACCGUACUUUCAAGAAUCGGUGAAGCUUCCCGAAAUAAAACCGAGUCGUUAUGCGCCAAGACCCGCGCAUGUGAAAACUGAUUCACUCUCAAACACUGAUACGAGUACGACAACAUCAACUAGAUCGAAUGGAAUUGAGAAAAGGUCGAAAAUACCCGCAUUGCCUAAGCAGAGGAUUAGCCAGCGAGUAGUUGAGAGCAAGAUAACGCCGAUGACAAAAUCACCGAAGAAGCGCUUGCAUGGACAGCUGAAUGCCGGGAAGACGAAACAAGCGAAAGAGAUGCCUGGCGCAACGCCGAUAUUGUAUAGCAGCGCGACGAAAUUGCGCGGCGAGACCUCGCCAACGAAAAUCGACGAUCAAGACUCGGGCGCCGGAAACUCGGUGGCGAGCAGUUGGCACACAUCGGAGGCCUCCGAAUCGGCACGACCUGAAAGUAUGACGGAGCACAAAGCGAGAAUGAUUCGAGAGGAAACCAACAAUAGUCAGGUGCACAGUGAAGAAGACCUCAUACUCGAAGAAGACGAUGAUUCAGUGAAUUCGGGUAUCAAUAGUCGUACGAAUAGCUCGUUGAACGAUAGCGCAGUUGGCAAAAGUCGCGAAACGUCGGCAGAAGUGGAGAACGGUAAUGAGGGCGAUGAUGAUGAAGCUGAUGAUGAUACGCUUCGAAAGUAUACGCCGAUGUCAGCGACGGAGACCGCGAGCAGCGGCGAUUCGAAGUCACCUGAAGUCGAACUGCCAUCUCAAAAUUCAACUAGUCAAUCGAAUCGGCAUCAAUCGCCGAAAGUUGAGGAGGCGCCUUCGAGAGAAUCAACGGAAAGGAACGGCAAUCAGACGCCAGCUGCGCACACUCCUGACACUGAACGAAUUCCGACACCAUAUCCGCCUCGGACAUCUAGUGAUAGCGAUCGGGAAGACGUUCUACCAUCCGACGAUGACGACGAAUCGAUUGAGAAGAUUGAAGCGGCCGCCACUCGGAUUCAGGCAGCGUUUCGCGGAUUCCGAGCAAGAAAAAUGAUGAAAGUGAGUUUCCAUGACGAUUCAAAAGAGCACGAUGAUAAUAUUGAGUCGCUACAAGACAUUAAAAAUGAAGAAGGAUUCAGCAUGAAAUCGGUGCAGGCUGGAAGUACAAUUAUAACAUACACAAUUGAAGUUAAAAUUGGAUUUCGCUAUGGCGCUGACACCGAAGCCGAUUUGUAUUUGAUAAUAUUUGGGGAUGAUGCGCAGAGUCAGAGGAUUUUGCUUCGGCAAGAGGCCGACUGGCUGCACACAACACAAUCGAAAUUCGUCGAAGGCGGAAUUAUUCGGUUUUUCGUCGAAUCGCCCCAUUUGGGAACGUUGAAUCGAGUGGUGGUUGGACAUAAUAGUCCGGGUUACGGCGCUGGACUUCAUAUUGAGUAUAUCGUGGUGUCUGAGAACCUUCUCGACGGUCGACAAUUUCUAUUUUUUGUGAACAAAUGGCUUGACGGCGGACAAGUUGAUGGCAAAAUUGAGCGCACCGUCUUCCUCACUACAUUUUUGUAUCUCGCGGCGAGACCUUUGGUUCAGAAUGCGACAACGCAGGGUCGAUGGGAAUUCAUCAUACAUACAAGAAGGGAUGAGCUUGGCGGAACAACGUCGAAUCUGAUUCUCGUUGGAUACGGUGAUGAGAAGAACUCGAUUCAUCGAAUUGAGAAUGACACUAUGAUGAGGGAUUGCACGAUGAACCCGUUGAUACAGGUGGACUUUGGACUGGAUCUAGGGCUUUUGAGAAAAGUGAGAUUCGAAAUUGAUGGAGAAGGAGAUAGGCCCAACUAUUUCAUUGAAUAUAUUGAAGUACGAGAUCUUGACACAGAGGAGAGAAGUGCCGUCUCAAUCAAUAAAUGGCUAAUGGUUCAACCAGACGAGAGCACGAAAAAGUAUCAACCAUUUCGGGAAAUCACAAUUUACCGCAAAAAUUCGCAACCAUGGCCAAGUAUGCUGUUUGCUAUAGUGACGACAUAUGAAGGAAAAGUUAGUUUUGCGGAUACUUCUCUAUGUAACAGCGAAAUUCCGAAAAUCAAUUUGCAAUUGAUUGGCGAACGCGGUCAAUCCGGUGUAUUUCCUGUGCUUCCAGCAACGUUGCCAUCGGGAAAAAUUAUUCAUAGCUUUAAGAUUGAGAUGGUUUCGUUGGGCACCAUUACCGAAGUUCGAGUAAUCCCAGAGAUCACCCAAUUGGGUUUGGAUAUUGUGUGCGGUCUCAAUUUUCUUCAGGAGAUUUAUGAUAACCAUGAGAUACCGAUGACGGUUGGAGAUCAGUUAUUCGUUAAUGAAGUGAGUAUUCGAGAAACUCUUCACGCGCCAUUCCGCCAUAUCUAUGGGUUGUCUAGUAUCAAAUUUGAGGAGAAUAAUGCGAAAGGACCGUACUUUAAAACGCUGCAUGUGAAGGUUAUCGAGGGUCUCGCGACGACCAAGAAAACAGCCAAGGGUGAAUCGAUGCGAGACGAGGAUCAUUUCGUGUUGCACAUGACGGUUGAAGACGGCGAAAAUUGUGAAAUUCCAACAGUAAAAAUUUGCUCGAAAAAUGGCCGAGAAAUUCAACUGGAUGUGACGUCACAAGUGCCAAUCGACAAUGUGCUCGUUUAUGAACUGAAAACGAAACAUAUUGGUAUCGUUGAGAAGAUUCGCGUUGGUGUCGGAGAGAUUAGUCCAGGAAAAAGUGUGGUUAUUCACAAGAUGCGACUAGUUGAGAAAAUAUCCGGAACUGAAGUGCGUUUUAUGUUUUUCGCUGAAAUUCGGGAAUACGAAGUUGUUGAAUUGACUUGUGUCUAUCCGGAUGUUGCUCCAAGGAUUAGUCUUUUAUAUUAUAUUAGUAUAAGUACUAAAACGAAAAAGGGCAAGUUUCGGCCGUACGUCAAUAUAAUUGGUAGUGAUGGCGACACCGGAUUUCGGGCUUAUCCAGGAGAUUCAGAAUUUCCUGAAGCAACGACAAUUAGUAUGGAAGUUGAAGCAUUGAAGUUAGGAUCAUUGAAGUCGAUUCAAGUCUAUGCCAGUGCGGACAACGCUGAGGAUGUACAGUGGAAAUUUAGCGUAAAGGUGUCAUCGGAGGAGGAGAAAGUGUAUCAGUCGAAUGAUUUAGUUUUGAAAAUGGCCGGCAAGAAGAACUUCGUUUCGGCAGAUGUAUUUUUAAUAGAUGGACCUUCCACUUUAUAA